AUGCCUGAUAAGUACUCGGUUAUAUUACCCACCUAUAACGAAAAGAAGAACUUGCCAAUUUUGGUCUACCUUCUUGCCAAAACCUUCAAGGAAAACAAAAUAGACUGGGAAGUUAUAAUUGUUGAUGAUAACUCACCAGAUGGAACUCAAGAAAUUGCCAAAAAAUUAAUUGAUACUUUUGGUGCUGAUCACAUUCAAUUGAGAGCAAGAGCUGGUAAAUUGGGAUUGGGUACUGCGUAUGUUCACGGCUUAAAUUUUGUUACUGGUAACUUUGUUAUCAUCAUGGAUGCUGAUUUCUCUCACCACCCUGAAGCAAUCCCCGAAUUAAUUGCUAAGCAAAAGCUGGAAAAUUUCGAUAUUGUUACAGGUACACGUUACGCAGGCGACGGAGGAGUGUUUGGAUGGGAUUUAAAGCGUAAGUUAGUAUCCAGAGGCGCUAAUUUCUUAGCUGCUACAGUUUUGAGACCUAACGUUUCAGAUUUGACUGGUUCCUUCAGAUUAUACAAGAAGCCCGUCUUAACCAAGAUCAUUGAAGUUACUAAGUCCAAGGGUUACGUUUUCCAAAUGGAAAUGAUGGUUAGAGCUAGAUCUUUGGGAUUUACCGUGGGUGAAGUUCCAAUCAACUUUGUAGAUAGAUUGUACGGAGAAAGUAAGUUGGGAGGAGAUGAAAUUGUCGGAUACUUGAAGGGUGUGUGGACAUUGUUUACCAGUGUUUAG